AUGUCCUCAACAACUUCGCAUAUCACUCUCGUCGGCCUCGGAAACAUGGGCACAGCCUUGGCCCAUGCGCUUGUGAAAGCAGGUCGACGAGUCACCAUUUGGAACCGCGCUGGAACGAGACCGUCCGUAUCUGAGUUGGUUCAAGUUGGUGCUGGAUACGGACCCGAAUUGCCCAGAGCCAUCGCGGGUUCAUCCACAAUCAUCUUCUGUGUCUUGGACUAUAACAGCAUUCAUCAGGUCAUGGAUCCCGUCGUUACAUCACAGGGCACUGAUGCAAGAGAGAUGGAUCGAUGGAUGCACAAGCACGGGGCUGCGCGGUAUUUUGAUGGAGGCAUAAUGGUGACACCCCAACUCAUCAGCACUUCCACCUCUUUCAUCCUCUGUAGCGGAGAAAACGAAGCCCUCUUUAACGACUCCGAUGUCAUAGACCUGAUCAUCAUACUAGGUCGGCCGCACUACGUCGCCUCUGACCCCGGCGCGGCAGCUCUCUACGACCUUUCUCUUCUGGCGGGAAUGUUCGGCAUGUUCGCCGGAUCAAUGACGGCCAUGGCAUUGAUGCAGAAACAAAUCCACCGUGACGGAAACAGACCACAUUCACCCUCCGGCGCUGUAAAGUUCACGCUCGAGGACCGGGUGUCCACGUUGCUCAAUCCACUUCUGAACGCUCUCGUCCCGUAUACCCUCAACAUCGCCCAGUCUAUCACCAGUGGGAGGAUGGACGAGAACUUCGGAAAUCCCAUGGCAAUGGUGAGUAUGGCGAUGCAAAAUGUCCUCCGGGCGUGUGAAGAGGAAGGUGUCGACGGCGGAAGCUUGAAGUAUUUUGCCGACUUGAUGAAAGCAGUCGUGGAUGAGCGUGGUGGCGAAGUGGGUAUCGGUUGGGUGUCUACCUUGUUGACGAAGUGA